UCUUAACCAUUCUCAGGAUAUACUUUUGUUGGUUUGAUCAAUAUAUUUCUCAAGGUUACUUUCUUGGUCAUUGGGUUAACUUGUCCUGUCUUUAUAAUGAAGUUACGAAUAUGAGUUUCUUUCUAAAUGCAACUUCAUUAUCAUUACCCACUUAAAAAUGAAUCAGCCAUCCAUUUGGAAGUAAUGGUUUCCUACUUUGCUUGGUAUUUCCUGAGUUCGGUUUCUUGGAAUCUUGAGAGCAAUGGAGGAGCUCUAAAACCAUCAUUUGAAGAUUCAAACCUUCAUUUUGAUCUGAAUUUCAUUGUCAUUAUGUGGAUAUUCAAGUGUUCAUGUGCGGAGGAAAGAAAAGUUGCCAUGAGAAAGGUACCAGAACAGGCUAUCUUAGCAGAAGUUCGUCGCAUGGUUGAGGAGAUGCAAACUCUAAAUAAAAAGUUAGAGGAAACAGAGUCUGCCAUUGAAGAAUACUUCAAGCCAAUUGACAAAGAAGCAGAGGCAUUAAUGAAACUACAACUCGAAGGAGAAGAAAGAACUAUGAAGAACAUGGUUAAAGUGAUGCAGCAGCAGGCUUUGUUUGAAAAAGCUGAGGCAGGUACAUUUACCAAUACCCUUCAAACUGACAAAAAUCAACACAAUCAAUGAGGUGAUACUGUGAGAACUUUACUGAUGAUUUGAUUAGAUUAAUGAUGUCUGUUUUUGUGCAAUUUUGGUGCUACUGAUUUGAUUACUCUUAGUUUGCUUGACUGAAACCCUUGUUGGGCUCAUUUUGGAGGUUGGUUUUUGUAAUAACACGAGCCCACCGCUAGAAGAUAUUGUUCUCUUUGGGCUUUUUCUUCCAAAAUUUCC